UGAUUAAAGUGGAUGCCAAUUAGUUUUGAUUCUCGGCCUCGUAGUAAAAGCAUAAACUACUGAAACAGCAAAAAAAAAAAAAAAAAAGAAACAGCAAAAUCUAUAGAGGAAGUGGGAGGCGCAGUGUUACUGCGCAAAGUUGAUAUCUUAAAAACCAAUAAGACUCUAAUAGUCAGAUGGAGGAAAGCAGUCUUCAGCUCUCUCUAAAAGCACCGGCUGUGACACAUUUUCUUCAGACGACUCUAAUUUCACCCAAACAACCAUGAAAGGUGCAGGGUUCAGCCUCUUCUCCAUCUGGCUGGCUGUGAUGCUGCCGAGGAGCUCUUCCUCAGGUGCUUCUGACUCAAGUCCUGUGAAUCCAUGUUGCUACUACCCUUGUCAGAAUAGAGGUGUGUGUGUGCGAUUCGGUACCGACAACUACAACUGUGACUGCACACACACAGGUUUCUACGGAGAAAACUGCACCGUUCCGGAGUUCUGGACCCGGAUCCGUUUGAUGCUGAAGCCCAGUCCCUCUGUGAUUCAUUUUCUCCUGACUCACUUCCAGUGGUUCUGGAGCAUUAUAAACAACUCUUUUCUGCGAGACACCUUCAUGAGAAUAGUGCUGACUGUCAGGAAUGAACUCAUUCCAAGCCCUCCAACCUACAACACGAAGUACGGCUACAUCAACUGGGAGUCGUACAACAACCUCUCUUACUACACCCGUCUCCUCCCUCCUGUACCCGAAGACUGCCCUUUGCCAAUGGGAACCAAAGGAAAACCCGUUCUUCCUGACAUCAAAGAGAUUAGUGAGAGGUAUUUUAAAAGGACGGAGUUCAGGCCGGAUCCUCAGGGAACCAAUCUGAUGUUUGCCUUCAUGGCUCAACACUUCACCCACCAGUUCUUCAAGACAAGUCACAAAGUCGACGCAGGCUUCACCAAGGCUUUGGGACAUGGGGUGGAUGCAAGCAACAUAUACGGAGAAGAACUUGAAAGACAGCACCAGCUUCGGCUUCAUAAAGACGGAAAGCUAAAAUAUCAGCUGAUUAAUGGGGAGAUGUACCCCCCGACGGUGUCCGAGGUCCCGGUGCACAUGGUGUACCCCGAAGGUUUCCCUGCUGAGCAGCGUCUGGCCAUCGGUCAGGAGGUGUUCGGGCUCGUGCCGGGCCUCACCGUGUAUGCCACCAUCUGGCUGCGGGAGCACAACAGAGUGUGUGACAUCCUGAAGGGGGAGCAUCCGACCUGGGAUGAUGAGCAGCUUUUCCAGACUGCCAGACUUAUCAUCAUUGGUGAGAUCAUCAACAUCAUAAUAGAGGAGUACGUGCAGCACCUGAGCGGCUACUACCUGAAGCUCAAGUACGACCCCUCCCUGCUCUUCGGUGUGCGUUUCCAGUACACCAAUCGCAUCGCCCUGGAGUUCUGCUACCUCUACCACUGGCACCCUCUCAUGCCGGACAGCUUCCUCAUCGAUGGAGAUGAACUCCCGUACUCCCAGUUCUUAUACAACACCUCCAUCCUGAUGCAUUACGGCGUGGAGAAGCUGGUGGACGCUUUCUCUCGACAGCCUGCAGGACAGAUAGGCGGCGGCCGCAACAUUCACCAGGCGGUGCUCAGAGUGGCAGAAAUGGUCAUCAGAGAUUCCAGGGCUGCACGCUUGCAACCUUUCAAUCAAUACAGAAAAAGGUUUAACCUUAAGCCCUACUCAUCUUUUUAUGAAUUAACCGGUGAUGAAGAAAUGGCUCGGGGUUUAGAGGAGCUCUAUGGAGACAUAGACGCCCUGGAGUUUUAUCCCGGCCUCCUGCUGGAGAAAACCCGACCCAGCUCUAUAUUUGGAGAGAGCAUGGUGGAGAUGGGUGCCCCCUUCUCCCUAAAAGGCCUGCUUGGGAACCCCAUCAACUCCCCUGAAUACUGGAAGGCCAGCACCUUUGGGGGUGAGACGGGCUUCAACAUCAUCAAAACCUCCACUCUGAAGAAACUUGUCUGUCUGAACACCAAGUGGUGUCCGUACGUGGAUUUCCAUGUCCCGCGAAACGAGGAGGAGAGGAAGCCUUCCACUGAACUUUGAUCAACAACCACCCUCUGAACAAUAGAAACGGUAUUCUAAAGGUGUUUAUUCAGAUUAUUACUUUUCAUUCAGUGGUAUGCGGGUCAUUAAGAAGAUCUACCUCCCAAACAUACAGAUAUCAUAUCAGAUCUUGUAUUGGAUAAGUCAAAUGAUUUCCAUUAAAGGCAUUAUUGGAAAGU